UAGUUUACUUCAGAUGGCUGAGAAAACAACCAGAGGCCUGCAGGACGUCCCCAGCUCUUCUCCUGAUGAAAAUGAAUUUCCUUUUGGAUAUCCCACCAACAUUUGUGAAGAUGCACCUGAUCAGAAGUACCUGUGCAGCAACUGCAAUAACAUUCUGAAGAAAGCCCUGCAGACGCUUUGUGGGCAUCGGUACUGCUCAGCCUGCCUCUCCUGGAUUGUACGAAACAAUAAAAAUGCAAUUUGCCAGAAAUGUGAAGAGGAAGAUCCCAGCACUUUAAGUGAGGGAAGCCUACUGGCAGAAGAAAGGGCCUUUGGUGAUGCUGCCAUUAAUAAAGAGAUUUCUGAACUCAAAGUGCACUGUGUGACCCUUGGGUGCAGUUGGUCCGGUAUCAUGAAAAAUUUUGAAGAGCAUCAGAGCUUAUGUGAAUAUGCUUUAAUCCCUUGCCACACUGGUUGUGGACACGUGGUGAUGAGAAAGAAGCUUGCAGAUCAUUUGGAAAACGGAUGUGUUAAUAAUACGAUGAUGUGUCAGAAGUGCAAGCAGAGCUUAUCCAGUAGUGAAUACCAAAAUCACUCUACACCCUUUAUCAACAAGGAUGGAUGUCGUUUUUCUGAAGUUGGCUGCUCAUUUAGGGGAAGCAAAGAGAAGAUAAAGGAGCAUGAAAGAACUGCAGUGGGGGCCCACAUGCUGCUUCUGCUGCAACACAUAAAGCAACUGAAGGCGAGCUUGUGCACUGCUGCUAAAGCUGCAAAUGGUUUCAUCCCACAGUCAGAGCUGAGUGUGAAUGGUGCAGGGAAAAGCAUCUCUGAUCUGCACAUCCCAGGGAGUCUGGAAAUCAGCGGAGAUGUGGAAAUAGACUGUUUUCCUGGAUCUUCCAUGUCGGAAGAUGAAUCUGUUCUGCAACAACUUGUGAGGGAGAAAGUGGUUUCUGAGCUAGAAAAUAAGCUUCAUGUGUUUGAGAAUAUUGUGGCAGUGCUCAAUAAAGAGGUGGAGACCUCUCACUUGGAAAUCACAGCCUUUCGGAGGCAGAGUGAGCUUGAUCAAAAUAUAAUACGAGGCCUUGAACUGAAGAUUGCAGAGUUGCACCGGUGCCUGUUGCAGAAGGAUGCAGGCCUGAGCAGUCUUCACAAGAGUCUUCUGUUCUCUGAGCAAGCUUCCUAUGAUGGGGUCUUUCUGUGGAAAAUAACAGAUGUUGGCAGGAAGCUACAGGACUCUGUGACUGGAAGAACAGUCAGUUUGUAUUCACCAGCUUUCUACACUGCGAAGUAUGGCUACAAGGUCUGUAUGAGGGUUUAUCUGAACGGGGAUGGGACAGGAAAAGGAACACACAUGUCCCUGUUCUUUGUGGUGAUGAAAGGAGACUACGAUGCUCUGCUCCCGUGGCCUUUCAGGCACAAGGUUACAUUUAUGUUGCUUGACCAAAACAACAGGGAACACAUUAUUGAUGCGUUUCGCCCAGACUUGACUUCCGCUUCAUUUCAGAGACCGGUGAAUGAUAUGAACGUUGCAAGUGGCUGUCCCAUGUUCCUCCCUUUGGCCAAACUGCAGUCACCUAAAUAUGCCUAUGUGAAAGAAGACACACUCUUCCUUAAAUGCAUUAUAGAAACAAAUUAG